AAUAGAUACUAGCCUUUUUAUACCAGUAUCAUACUAACUGCAACACUAAGAUGUAAAUGCAAGUUGAGAAAAUAACUUUCAAAAUAGGUACCUACAUAUUUUAACAGUAUAAAGCAAAAGCCCUCUUUAAUCAAUAAAAUAUAUUUAAUCAAGUGUUCAAAAAAUUACCGUUCGAUAUGACUCGAAUCAUACCAACUGAAACAGGAACACGUACAUAAGAGUUUACAAACGUUUUAUUCAGACAAGGUAUACAUUUUUUCUAAUCCUACAUUACUAGCGUACAAUGAAAUUUAAUACUUUUAAAUUGGUGUUUUAUACGUUAAUAGUGCAUGUUAUUAUUCCAGAAAUUCCAAAUAAAGUUACAACAAUGUUCCUAUUCUCUACUAAUGAAAGUAAGUUUAAACAAAUUGUAAAGGCUUUUCAAAAAAAAUAUAAUCUCAAAAAAGGGGCAGAAAUUCUUACUCUGAAUCAAGGUGAUGAUUUCGGAAAAAUAUCAAAAGAAUUUAUCACUUUUGAAAUCGAUUUACUUCUAAUAUUACAACAGAUGGCCUACGUGUUUGAUAAAAGAAAUGGAACUGAACUUUUUCACGAAGACUAUUUUUUAACGAUCUGUACAUUUCUCCCGAGAUGUUUGGAUUUUAUCAAUAUUAAUGUAAUUCAGAAUUCAAUAACAGUAAUGUUGAGCAAAAUUCAUGUAGUUCUUUGUUAUUCAUUACCAACGUAUCUGAAGACAUAUAUCAAUGCGUCACCUUAUAAUAAAGAAAAAGAAGGUUUUGAUAAGACCAUUGAACAAAAUUUGUCCUAUAUAGUAUCAAUAACAGAAGAUAAAACAAAAAUUCGUAACAACCUGUUUGAUCAACCAAACUAUAAGAAUGACAGUAAGAACUUUAUUUCAAAUGUUUACAAGAUCAUUGGUAAUAUCGAUUUUAUAUCAUGUAUGAGUAAAAACCUCGGUAGAAUAAAGCACCAUUAUAUUGAACAUAAUUUGAAUAAUAACAAAAUGAAAUUCAAGGUUACUAAAGUAAGUAACAGAAACAAUGAAUUACAUAUCAAUUCUGAAAACAAAAUAAAUUUUCUGGAACUCAAUAAAAAUUAUACAAAUGAACUUCGGAACAAAUGCGGUUUAUCAAAUUUUGAAAUUCAGUCACAAGAUUUGUCAAAGCUCCAAACAAUGCAAGAAAUUUUUUUUUAUACAUUAAAGAAACUCCAACAAUAUUUUACAAAUACUAUAUUGAACGGUACCAAGAAACUUUCAAAAGCAACCAAAAAAGACCUGGAGGAGACGUACAAUCCGACGGACAUGUUACACGAAAUAUGUCAUAAAAUGUCUUUAAUUCUUGUCUAUUUAAAAGAAAAUGAGGUUAACGACGACUCUAUAAUGUUCAGCACGUAUUUGACGUUUUGCGGAGACUUCAAGGGAUACACUGAUGUCCGUUGCACCAGUGCAUUUCACGAUACUGCUGUUGUUAAAGAUCUCGAAACCGAGAAGAAUAAUUGUAUACGUGAGACGGUGAAAAACAUUUGGACGUGGAAUAUAUUGUUAACAACCACUGAGGUCCCGAAAAAAAACGAAGACAAGUAUUCAAAAAACGAAAACUGUAAAUCGUUGUACCUGAAUUAUUUAGUGAAUACCCACAAUACUAUAAGACAAUUUUACAAAGGAAUGGGCGUGUGGACCACGUUUGAGUGGUUGAGUGGUAAAUAUUUUCUUACCGAAAAUAUCGAAAACAAAUGCAUGUACGAUUUAAAAUUAAAAAAUAUAAAUAUUAAAAACGUAAAUAUGAGUUUAUCAGUGGCGUAUUAUGCUAUAUUACCGUGGGGUUUAAACACGUUCUCUAUAGGGAGUUUUCAUAAUGUGGUUGUAAACCAUUUAGACAGUGCAAUGAAUACUUACGUUUACAUACACGCGCAAAUCAUAGGUUUGUACUUAAAACGCACAGGUAUUAGCAUUGAUUCCCAUGUUUUACAAAGCAUACGGGAUAGUGUUCGGUGGUAUACCGAUGGGACGAAAUUAUUUUAUAAAUAUCUUUAUUUACCGUUAUACACCGAUAAUGGCUCACAAAAUGAACCACAACCAACUAAUGACAUAAAAACUAUCAUUUAUAGAAUACAAAAUAUUGACGACAGCGGUAAUAUAAGUCUCAAUGACAUCAUUCCAAAUCACGAACAAGACAAGUUUCUGGAAUGGUCCGAAACUAAUCUUCCCAAAAACGAUGAUGGACAUAAACAAUUUAACACUUUCAUAAAUGGGAAUUGCAUGAACGCCAUGAACUACAUGAGUACUUUUUUUUGUAUCGCAGAGAAGUCCAUGGACAUAAAUUUCGAAUUCCAGUCUGCUACUACUAUGUACUCACAGUACUGUCCGGAAAAUAUUUUUGAAGUUAAAUCCGCUAACAAGCCUAUGAUCGUAGUUAAAAAGGAGCAUGAAAAUACAGAAGCCGGUUCUGAAAGCGUAGUUAUUGGUUCAAGUUCACCAGGAUACAAAAGAAAGUUUAAGACUUUCUUAUUGGAUUUAUUUAAAAUUCAAUAGUAAUAUUUUUGUGAAUGUAGUGUUUAGUUUUUUUUUUUAUGAAUUUAACAAAUUUAAGCGAUGGACAUUAAUUUAUAUUCAUUUUAUAUUCUGAUACAAAUUAUUAACAUUUAAAUUUUCUUUUUAACGUGUUUAUUAAGUGUGUCCGUAUUUUCCUUAAAUGUAUUUAUAAUUUUAUAAAUCUAGUCAAUGAUGUUGAUUUAUAUUUUUUUUUAAAUAGUAAAAUCUAAAUUUUAUGUUAUGAAUAUUUGUUUACGAC